AUGUCAGACAAUCCACCACAAGACCAGGGUCCAUCGCCUUCUCCUUCACCGUCACCCGGCAUGGCCUCACCAAUGUCUCUCGCCGACAACGAAGCAGCAGGCAGCGGCGCCGCAUCUCCAAACCUACCACUCACCAUGUCCGCUUCAGUUGUUCUCGCAGAUCUUCCUCGAGAUGCUAGCACUGCACUCGCCGCUGCGGGAAGCUUCAAGACGGACAAGAUCGUAGUGCGAUUCAAACCUGUGGGGUCUGCGCCGUCUUUGGCGCAGGAUGUUUGCAAGAUCAGUGCGACGAGACGCUUUGAAGAGGUUGUGAGGUACUUGAGGAAGAAGCUGAGGUGCAAAGAGACGGAUAGUGUCUUUUUGUACGUCAAUAGUGCGUUUGCGCCUUCUUUGGAUGAGGUUGUUGGGAAUUUACAUCAAUGCUUCAAAAACUCCCACGGCCAACUGGUUGUCGCCUACUCUCUAACGCCUGCCUUUGGAUGA